AAUUCUCGCCUCCCAUUGGCUCGGACGCGCGCGGUGCACUCUGUGAGGGCGCCGCCGAUUGGUCGACGCACCUGCCCGUCACGCGGAUUCCCCCUCACAACAGACUUAGGGAGCAGCUGCAGCAGGAGAGCAGGAGGCUCAGUGCGCUGAAUGUCACCGGAGAACAUGAUCUCCGCACCGGGGAGGGAGGUGCAGGUCGGCCGGCUGCUGUGGAGGAGGUGAUCCAGGUUGUCUUCAUGAAUGUCCCACGGCUGCACCCUGACACUAUCAUCUGUUCAGCCUCUUUCUCCCGACCCUCCAUCUCCUCAUCCCUCCUCCUCAGCCUGUGACCUAUUUAUACCCUGAACACUCAGGAGAGCCCAUUGAAGCUCCACAGAUCUCUUCAGACACGACCAUGAGCGUGAAUCUAACAGCACGCAAAAACCUGCUAUCCCAUCUCCAGCCUCGGCUCCUCUUCUUCAGUAGCUUCAAAUGAGGAAAACUAAAACUUUGACUUCUGGAAGUUCUUGAAAUGCAACGAGACUGCGGCUGUAGUCCGCCCCUGAUAUUCCACUGUGGCGAGGACCGGUAUCAGUUGCAGCUCGUUUGGGAAUUUUGGACGCAGCAUGUGCUUGGGUCUGCGGAGCCUUGGAGCUUCUGACCCGUUGAGUUGAAGUAAAAGAAAACACAUUAGUAACAUGUGUUUUUUGACUUGGCGGUCUCUAUAGCUAUGAGAUUUGGGACACUGAAAGGAUUUAGCUGCGACAUGGCUCACAUAUCUGACGUCAUGCACCCCUACCAGCCAUGAGCUAAGUCCACUCCACCCUUGCAGGAUGACUGCUGUCUGCCCCGCUGAGAACAGUCCAGAGGGGACUGCAGCCGGGGCCAGGACAGCAGGUUCUAAGGGGUCGGCGUCGGGGCCAGCGGGGGCUGCUGGGAGCAGCUCAGUUUCCGGGGCAGAGACCGGCGGGGAGUCUAACGGAGACUCAGUCGGAGGCUCCGUCGGAGGCACAGCUGUGGUUACUGGUGGCCAAAGGUACAGCCGCUGGAGCCGCCAGGACAGCUCCGACAUCAACACGGACGAUGAGGGAGCCACCAUCCGCCGCCUCACUCCACUGGAACGGUUGAACCUGGAUAUGUGCCAGGAUGACAGGGUCGUCCGCGAGAUGACAGUGGGAAGAAGAAUUGGCUUCUACAAAAUUCGAGGGGAGAUUGGUGUGGGAAAUUUCUCCCAUGUCAAGCUGGGAAUUCAUGCCCUCACCAAAGACAAGGUGGCCAUAAAGAUCCUGGACAAAACCAAGCUGGAUCAGAAAACCCAGAGGCUGCUGUCCAGAGAGAUCUCAAGCAUGGAGAAACUGCACCAUCCCAACAUCAUACGCCUCUAUGAGGUGGUGGAGACGUUGACACGGUUACACUUGGUGAUGGAGUACGCAGGGGGUGGGGAGCUCUACACCAAAAUUACCACGGAAGGGAAACUUUCUGACGCCGAUGGCAAGAUUGUCUUUGCUCAGAUCCUCUCUGCUGUUCAACACAUGCACGAGAGCAACAUCAUCCACCGUGACCUGAAGGCAGAGAACGUCUUCUACACCGGCAGCUCGUGUGUCAAGGUGGGGGACUUUGGCUUUAGCACGCUGAGCCGCCGAGAUGAGACACUAAACACGUUCUGCGGCUCUCCGCCUUACGCUGCGCCUGAGCUCUUUCGAGACGAGCAUUACGUCGGCAUCUUUGUAGACAUCUGGGCCCUCGGUGUGAUGCUGUUCUUUAUGAUGACGGGCGCCAUGCCGUUCAGGGCGGAGACGGUGGCCAAACUGAAGCGAUGCAUCCUGGAGGGGGCCUACAUCCUGCCCUCCUGGGUGCCAGAGGCGUGCCAGAGGCUGAUCAGAGGGAUCCUUCAACCCAUUCCAUCUGACCGCUGCAAGGUGGAGCAGAUGAUGGGCUGUGAGUGGCUCCUCCCUGUGGACUUCCCGCGGUCCAUGGAGCCCUUUAAACUGGACCCGUCCUACCUUGCAGAGAGUGAUCCACCUGAACUCGGGGAGGAGGAGAUGGAGGUAAAGGCAGCGCUGGAGACACUGGGAAUCACCUCAGAACACAUUCUCAACAACCAGGGGAAGGACUGCAGGAGCUCCAUCACCGGGGUCUACAGGAUCCUGCUGCACCGCGCUCACAAGAGGCGGGCUGUUCACAGCGUGCCUGCAGCCACCAAGGUUGUCAGACCAACUAAACCAAGUAAAAAGGAGCGACUAAAAGUGUACCGUAAUUUACGGCACACGUCUAAACUCUGCGUGAUUCUGUGACGAAAUGCUCUGCUCCACUCUGAAAACUCAUUGACUUAACGCCUCGUUUCCACAAAGUUUCGUUGCGUGUCCAUAAUUUCAUGUCAUAUAUGGAUUCUGCCCCCUAGUGUUCACUGCACGGAAUGCAUUUCUUGACGGUGGUGGAGCCAUGGGAGAGGGCUGAUUUUGUUGGGUUUUCACCACCCACUUUACUUUAAAAUUGCUGAUUAAAGAAAGUUGUUAUGUUGAUUGUAUUGCUAUCAAUAUAUCUAUUGAUAUAUUCAAAUAAUAUAUAUAUAUUCUCAGUGUAUUAAACUGGCUGAUCAUGGUAAUAUUCAAUCUGUCAGAUUAACUGAAUUAAAUGAAAUAGCCUUUUAGCUAAUUAGUUUUUAUGCUAACUUACAGUGCAUACAAUUUGUCCGAUAUCUACCACAAAACGUACAUGGAGUAUGGGAGUUUCGCUACACAUCAAGAUCAAGGAAGUUGCCAUAGAAAAGAAUACACUUCAGGUUGACGUGGAUACGGACACUGAGCUAUGUGGAAACGAGGCGUUAUAGUCUUGGUUGAGCCUGCAUGGACUUCAUUAGAAAUAAAAAGUGCUUUUCAGUCCAGCAUUAUAAGGCACAUUGGAAUAUCAUGGUAUAUAACCCUACUCUGCUCCUGAAAUCUGGGAUUUCUUACUUUAGUAUCUCUCUUAUAGUAAAUAAAAUUAGUCUCUGUGAGAAUGCUGCCACCAUUGAAUUAUUAUCGUCUCGUUUUUUGACAUGGACCUAUUCCUCAUGAGAUUUGGGAAUGUUAUGAAAUUCGAUUUCACAUAACAAGGAUUAGAUGGCAUACAUAACUUUGAUUUGGGUCGUGCAGGUCAGAUAGUUACUUAGUUACUCAAUGUAGCAUGAAUCUUAAAGAAAAGAUUCUUAAAUUCACAUCCUGAUGAGUCGAUGAGUGGUGAAGCACAUGAAAUAGGUUUUUAUUGUUGACUUGCACUUUUCUUCCAAUGCCUUAGUUUUCUAUGAUGCUAUGAAAUCAGACAGACUGGUUUCAUUGCAAUUUUUAAAAUGUUAUUUCUUUCCCUGUGGCUUGAAAAAGCCAAGACAUGACAUGAAGCUAAAAAAUAUAAACCAACAUACGAAAGUUAUUAGUUGGCAAAAUGUAUUUUCAGUUUUGAUUCAGACUACUUCAGGUUGGAUUUCAGUUAUAUGUUUUUUUUUGUUUUAUCAUUUGAUGCCAUGUCCAUGCUCAUGUGUUGAUUAAAAUACGUUUAAAGAUUAAAA